CCCACGUCCCACAGCUCCUGCUGAGUGCCCGCUGCAGCUCCAUCCUGGACCAUCAGCUGGCGGAGAAGCGGCAGAUGCAGGCGGAGCAGCGGGCGGAGGAGCAGCGCCUGCAGCGGCUCAUGGACAGCGAGCAGGAGAAGGAGCUGCAGCUGCAGGACGAGCUGGAGCGCUGCAGGAAGCAGGAGCUCAUCAGCACCAAGCUGGAGGUGCUCCAGCAGAUAGAGCAGAGGCAGGAGCAGCGGGCGCUGAGGGCCGAGCAGAAAUUCCAGGAGGGCCAGAGGUUCAUGGAGCGCCUGGAGCAGAUGAAGAGGGAGGAUCGCGAGGCCUGGCAGCAGCAGCAGCAGCGCAAGCGGCAGCUCCUGGCCGAGAUGAAGGCGGUGGACGCGGAGAACCAGCGGCUGCGACAGCGCGACAGGGAGCGCGACAGGCGCGACGAGCUGCGGGCCCUGGAGGAGCAGCGCCAGAAGGGGGAGCGGGACGCGGCGCUGGCGGCGGAGCGGGCGCGGCUGCGGCAGGAGCGGCAGCGGGAGCUGGAGCGGCUCAAGGCCACGCAGGAGCACGAGCGGGGCUGGCAGGAGGCGCAGGAGGCUCUGCGCUCCAGGCGCAGCCAGGAGGCGGCGGAGCGGGACUGGCGGCUCCGGGAGCUGCAGCGGGAGCGGCGCCGCGCGGAGCUGCUGCAGGAGCUGCAGCGGGAGCGCUGCGAGCAGGCGACAAAGCGGCGACAGCAGCUGGCGCUGGCACUGCAGCAGGAGCGCCGCGACUUCCUCGCCCUGCUCAGUGCCCAGGAGCAGCAGCUGGCACGCGAGCAGGACCAGCAGCUGGCACGGCAGCGGGCACAGCGCGCCCACGCGGAGGCGCUGCAGGAGCAGAUCCGGGAGUCGCGACAGCGGCGACAGCGCGACAGAGCCGCGGCCAUCGAGGAGGGACAGCGGGAGCUGGCACGGGAGCGGGAGCGGGCAGAGCGCCUGGCACGCGUGGGACGGCAGAAACUGCAGCGCCUCAGGGACACCGGUGUCCCCGACAGGUACUGUGCCCUGGUGGAAAAGAGAGUCUGGGCCACGGCCACCUCCUGAUGCCACCCACUGUCACCCUGCCACCUCCUGAUGCCACCC